GUCAGUGACACAGUGACAGCCAAGCUAGCAGGCUCCCUUCAUCUAAGAUCCCUUCCAGAUAUCAUGGGCUGGCACGAUGGCUGUGUGCGAUGUAUGGUUGGGGUGCCUUUUGCCUCAGUCAUUGCCACAGUGUUAUGUUUUGUCGGAGUGGCCCUGUUUUGUGGCUGUGGUCAUGAAGCUCUGAGUGGGACUGAGAAACUUAUUGAGACAUAUUUCUCCAAGAACUACCAAGAAUACGAAUACCUCAUACAUGUUAUUAAUGCCUUCCAGUAUGUGAUUUAUGGCACAGCCAUCUUCUUCUUCCUCUUUGGAAUACUUCUUCUGGCUGAAGGAUUCUAUACCACAACUGCCAUUAAACACAUCUUGGGUGAGUUCAAGCCCCCGGCAGUAAAAGGUGGACUCAUCUCCACAGUAACAGGUGGAACACCAAAAGGGAGAAGCUCCAGAGUGAGGCAACCAGUCCACACCAUUGAAUUGCUGUGCCGCUGCCUUGGAAGGUGGCUUGGUCAUCCUGACAAGUUUGUUGGGGUCACUUACGCUGUCACAAUCCUGUGGAUCCUCAUCUUCGCCUGCUCAGCUGUCCCUGUCUACAUUUACUUCAACACCUGGGUGACCUGUCAGUCUAUUGCAGUCCCUGGAAAGACCUCAGCAAGCAUUGGCAAUCUCUGUGCUGACGCCCGCAUGUACGGAGUCCUGCCAUGGAAUGCCUUCCCAGGGAAAGUGUGUGGAACCAGCCUGUUGGCAAUCUGCAAGACCAGCGAGUUCCAAAUGACAUUUAACCUCUUCAUUGUUGCAUUUGUGGGAGCAGCCGCUACUCUUGUAGCCCUGCUCACUUAUAUGGUAGGCGCAGCUUUCAACUAUGCCGUGCUACGAGUGACAGGCCGGAGUGACCGGUCAAAGUUCUAGACUCAGAGUCGGUCGAUGAUAAAACAAAAUCCAGUCAUCAUAAUAAUGUUUAUGUCUAUAUAAUUUAUACUCUGUUGUGUUUUAUUUAUUUAUUUUUUAAUUCUGGAAGUUUAAUAACAGGGUGAAUGCUUUCCACGAGGGUCUCUGUCUGUCCAUGCCUCUACAUAGAUCUCAUUUAUAUCUCAUAUUUACUUGUUAAUGUGUCUGGUUCAAGCUUGUUCUCCCUAAUGGUUAUAUUACCAUCUAAAACAUCUGCCCUAUGAAAACUUUGUAAGAUGGUUGAUAUCAAGGAGAACCUAGUAAAACAAUAUCAGGAAAAUAAACAAAUAAAUACCAUUGUCACCAGGAAGAGAUCAAUGAGGUUACAUCCCAAGAAACUGAAGGAUGCAAGACCUAAGUUUUAGAUGUAAAAAUAGAUAAUAGUACUGGAAAGAUUACAAAUGAAAGAUUGUAGCUGUCUCUCACAACAAAGGAUUGGAGAAUGUUAAUUUGAGGAAUUAUAAAAACUCCUAAAUAAUGAUAUUUUCUACUGAUUCUCCUAAAUAUCAAUACAUUGCUAUUUAUCAAAUAUAAAGGAAAUUCUGUGAACUUCCUCAAGCUCAGAAAUAUUUUUUAACAGUAUAAAGGCAGAGAAAAUUCUUAUUACUUCAAGAUAAAAUUUCCCAUCAACAUAUCUUCUCUUAUUUUCAAUGAUAAGAUUAAAUCUCUCAUCAGCAAAUCUUCUUUUAUUAUAAAUAAGUGAAGUCACUGUAAGAAAGAGACCGGUAUAGAAAUUAAUUUGAUUAACGUUUCCAGUACAUUCUGUGUAUUUUCUUCCUAUGAUAAAUCUAUUUUGCAGGACAGACACAUGGUCUUGCUACCCUAAGUGUGUCAGACAUUGAUGUAGAGCUUGGGCAGACAGAUAAUGAUCUCACAGUGGGGCAGUUGGUCAAUCUUGAGGCUAGGAAUCUCCAUGCAGGAGUUGAGCCUCACAUUCUGUGACAUCACACCCCUUCCCUCUAACCUUCUGCUAACAUCCAGGCUACAGAAACCCUUUAUAUAUUGAGUAAUUAUAUAGCAUUCAUCAAUCAGAUACUUUUGGCAACACUAUAAUAGUGGCUUGGUGUGAGCAGUAAACCAUGCUAUAUUGUAUAGUGAUACAGAGCAUGGACAAAACAAAUACUUGGUAUCACUAUAUACUGCAGUGAAGCUCACAACACAGAACCCAUCACCUGUUUUUACAGCUGGGGUCAAACUUUAUCCCCUGGGUAACUCAACUGCAUGUCAUUUUAAUGACCACUAUUAAUGUAACAGGGAGCAUGUGCUUUGGCCUACAAAUGUCUUAACCAAAUGUCUGCCCAGUGCAGAGUGCUGGUAUUAUUCCGAAGGUGCUCUUCUGAAUGCACACUUUCCCUGCCAGAACCAUGUAGAAAUCAAAUUGUUUGGAGAUCGGUCUCAACACACUUUAAACAGUUUGAGGGUCUUGCUCUGACAGAGAAGUUGGCAUUAAGAAAUUUUCUUAUUUUUUGCAGAAAUUUGCUAAUUGUGAAAUGUAAGAGAAUGGUAAACAAUUAAAACAUUUCUGAAUUAAA